AUGUCGGACGUUGAGUGGACGAAUGAUUUAGUAAUAAGACUCAUGAUGGAGUACAAAAAGCGGCCGGAGUUAUGGGACAGCUCGCACGACCUCUAUCGGGUGCAUACGGCGAAGUACGAAGCUUGGUCGGACUUGGCCAAUGUGUUCGAAUGCGACAUAGUUGAUCUCAGGAAGAAGUUGAACUCGAUUUUCGCUUCGCACCGCCGCGAAAAGGCGAAAGUACGAUGCGGCGGCCGGUCUACAUGGUUCCUUUACCCGCAUAUGAGUUUUUUGCCGACGCAUAUAGAAAACGACGAGUCAAGCCCAGCGAGCGAAAGACGGAGGCGCAUAUUAAACCUCGCCGUGGAAGAAGCAGACCAAUCUUCACCAGAAGAAGAUAACCACAUCGAUGAUGAUCCCGAAAACGAAGACCUCGAAUCUCAGGACAUCAUAAUUAAAACUGAACCGAAUGUGGAAUAUCCUAAAGCAAAAUCUAAAAGGAAUAUCAAAUAUGUCACUAGCCGGAAGCCCAGGGUCACUAAGGUAAUAAAACGUAGAUUGGUGAAAGAGGAUCAUGGCGACGAAGACAGGAAUAGAUCAAGCGAGGCUAUAAGACUUCUCAGAAGAUUAGAUCUGCUGAAGAAGAAGGAUGAAUGUGAUAGUUUCGGAGUAUAUAUCGCGAAUUCCUUGAGAAAACACGAUGAAAGGACGCAAUCAAUGAUUAAGCAAGCUAUUAAUAAUAUUUUAUUUGAACAAGAAAUGAAAAAAUACAGCACGAAUCAGUAUACGGUAGUCAUGGCGGGGGUAGACGAGAAUCCACUUAUCCUAAGUGAACCAGAUCAUAGCGAAAAAUAA